UUGGAUAAGGUAAAUCUACAAAAUCUUAUAAUUAGGUAUAAAUAGUGGGUCGUAUCUCCAUUAAUCAUCAUAACAUAAAAAAAUUCCUCGAACUUGCAAUAUUGUCAAUGUCUGCUAGCUUCUCAUUAACGAUGAAUAAUCAUAUGAUUACUCUUCUCUUAACCAUAAUCACCAUAUUAAGUCUUUCACAUUCAAGUUUAUCAACCGUUGUUUCUCAUGAUGGACGUGCACUACUCAUCAAUGGAGAGCGUAAGAUCAUACUUUCUGGUUCCAUCCAUUAUCCUCGCAGUACUCCUGAGAUGUGGCCGGAUUUGAUAAAAAAAUCGAAAGAAGGAGGGCUUGAUGCAAUCGAGACUUACGUGUUUUGGAAUUCCCACGAACCUGUUCGUAGGCAGUAUGAUUUUACUGGUAAAAAUGACCUUAUAAGGUUUUUAAAGACCGUUCAAGAUGCUGGACUUUAUGCUAUUCUUCGUAUUGGUCCAUACGCCUGUGCUGAAUGGAAUUAUGGUGGAUUUCCUGUGUGGCUGCACAACAUGCCAGGCAUUGAGCUCCGCACUGCUAAUAAAGUGUUUAUGGAUGAGAUGCAAAAUUUCACAACAUUGAUAGUUAAUAAGGUGAAAGAUGAGAAUCUUUUUGCCUCUCAAGGUGGCCCAAUUAUCCUUGCUCAGAUUGAGAAUGAAUAUGGUAAUGUUAUAUCCUCUUAUGGAGAUGCUGGGAAAGCAUACCGUGAUUGGUGUGCAAACAUGGCUGUAUCACAGAACAUUGGAGUACCAUGGAUUAUGUGCCAAGAGAGUGAUGCACCUCAACCAAUAAUUAAUACAUGCAAUGGUUGGUAUUGUCAUGAUUUCACGCCAAACAAUCCCAAUAGUCCUAAAAUCUGGACUGAAAAUUGGACUGGCUGGUUCAAAAAUUGGGGUGGUAAGGUUCCACAUAGGACUGCUGAAGAUGUUGCUUAUGCUGUUGCACGAUUCUUCCAAACUGGAGGCACUGUACAGAAUUAUUACAUGUUUCAUGGAGGAACAAACUUCGGAAGAACAUCUGGUGGUCCAUAUAUCACUACAAGUUAUGAUUAUGAUGCACCCCUUGAUGAAUAUGGAAAUCUGAAUCAACCUAAAUAUGGACAUCUUAAACAACUCCACUCUGUGUUACACUCAAUGGAGAAACUUCUUACUUAUGGAGAUGUGAAUACAACUGAUAUGGGAAAUUCUGUUACGGUGACAACUUUUACGAACAACAAAACCUCAAGUUGUUUCCUUAGCAAUGCAAAUUCAACAAACGAUGCAACAAUAGUAUUGAAUCAUCGUACCUUUACUAUUCCUGCUUGGUCUGUCAGUAUCCUCCCAGAUUGCAAAAACGAAGCAUAUAAUACUGCUAAGGUAAGACUUUUUCUUGUGCAUAUUCAAUAUAUCUAUUUGUUAUUUUGGGAUGUUCUCCUUGAACAGAAGGCUGCUACUAAUGAUACUAGUGACUACUUGUGGUACAUGACUAGUCUCCACCUUGACAAGAAUGAUAUCAUUUGGAGUGAUGACAUGAGGCUUCGUAUCAAUUCUAGUGCUCAUGUUCUUCAUGUUUAUGUCAAUGGCGAAGAGCUUGUAUCAUUUUAUUCUAUAGGAUAUGAAUAUGGCAAAGAAGAUUCUUUUACCUACAUUUUUGAAGGGAAGGUUAAUUUGACGAAGGGAAAGAACAUAAUUUCGCUCCUUAGUGCCACAGUUGGACUUCAGAACUAUGGUCCUUAUUAUGAUAUGACUCCAGUCGGAAUAGUUGGUCCAGUAGAGUUAGUCGGAAAGAGAGGCGACGAGAUUGUUAUAAAGGAUCUAUCUUCUCAUGUAUGGGCAUACAAAACUGGUUUGCAAGGUCUUGAUCAUGAUAUGCUCUAUAGUGAAACAUCACCCUCUGUCAGAAGGUGGAAAACUGAGACGGAUAUGCCAGUAGAUACUCAGAUGACAUGGUAUAAGACUACAUUCAAGCCACCAUUGGGAACAAACCCAGUUGUUCUAGAUCUUAGUAGCAUGGGGAAAGGAGAAGCUUGGGUGAAUGGUAUAAGUAUCGGAAGGUAUUGGCCGAGUUACCUAGCUGACGAAGAUGGGUGCAGCCUUGAUCCAUGUGACUACCGUGGUGAAUAUGAUAACACCAAGUGUGUUACCAAUUGCGGGAAGUCUAUACAAACUGAGUAUCAUGUACCGCGAUCUUUUCUAAGGGACGAUGUGAAUACUCUUGUUCUGUUUGAGGAAUUUGGGGGAAACCCAACUCAAGUUAAAUUCAAGACCAUUGGAGUAAAAGGAGCUUGUGCAAAUGGUUAUGAAGGAAGUACAUUAGAGUUGUCAUGUAAAGGAAGCUCAAUUUCGGCUAUUAAAUUCGCUAGUUUUGGUAAUCCUCUAGGUGAUUGUGGCUCUUUUGGGAAAGGAUCUUGUGACAUCGAUGCUCAACCCAUCCUUAUUAAGGCUUGUGUUGGUCACGAGACUUGUUCAGUGGAUAUCUCUGAGAAGACCUUUGGUUCGGCUUUAAAUUGUGAAGAGAAAACCAAGAGACUUGCAGUGGAGAUUACUUGUUAA